AUGCCACCCAGGGCUACUAAACAGAAACAGACACCCACUCGCCAGGCCAUCACACUGAAGGGGUCCACGAACCUGGUCACCGAGUUCUUCAAAUAUGCAGUGAACACUAUUCUCUUCCAGCGCGGAGUGUAUCCUUCGGAUGAUUUCCAUAUGGUGAAAAAGUACGGACAGACUGUGCUCGUGACGCAGGACCUUGGUCUCGAAAACUAUCUCGAAAAGUGCGUUCGCCUCGAGCUGCCCUUUUGGCUUUUGACGGGAGGAGUCACACAACUGGUAGUCGCCAUCAUCUCGAAAGACACGCGAACGCCUAUGGAACGGUGGGUGUUCGAUAUCAACCUCGCCGAGCAGCCAGCGUCCAAUUCCAAGUCCAAUGCGCCCGCAAAACCGGAAGCGGAAGUCCAAGCUGAGAUCAGGUCCAUCCUGAAACAGAUAGUUUCGACCGUGACGUUCCUGCCCAUCAUUGAUGAGCCGACCGUGUUCAACAUCCUCGCAUACACCUCGGAGUCGGCGGACGUCCCGGCGAACGAGUGGGUCGACACGGACCCCCUGGCUAUCGAAGCGGGCAAGAGCCAGCAGGUGAAGUUGAGGAGCUUCAGCACGGACGUGCACCGAAUUGAGGCGAUGGUGGCGUACCGGUACGAUGGGUAG